UUCAUUUCAAUUGUAGAUUUGUUUAAUUUGAAUGAUUAACAGUUUAUAUGUACUCUAAUAUGCAGGAUUAGAACAUAUUAACAGUUAACCACAUAACCUAAUUAGACAAAUCUUGUGGGAAAGGUUGAGAAUCGGAGGGAGGGAGGGCACGAAAAGAACAUCCCUUUCGUUCCUUGACAAAGUUUUUCAUGUUUAACCACUACGAAACUCCACAUCUUCUUCAUCCUUCCGUUUCCCUUUUUUCAUGUUCAUGUUCUGGUCCUCUCAUCUUCCCCAGAAUUCUGUGUUUCUGCCGAAAAGUCGAGCGAAAAAGGUUGCUUUUUUAUCUUUCUCUGGGAGCUCCCUUUCUGUCCCUUCGAGCUUUUUCUUCGUUGUGGGGAUUUUCUUUCUGGGGUUUGGCUAGGAAUUCGAAGGAAGAAGGGGAUAACUAUGUACCAGAAACAACCCACGAGAAGAUCUUCGUUCAGGGACUCACUCAAAACACUUGAAGCAGAUAUCCAACAUGCCAAUAGCCUGGUGGCUGCUCUACCACAAGACUUCAGCGGACAGUGCUUUCAGAUGAAAUUGUCUUACAGCCCGUUCGCUCCGUUCAUUCUGUUUUUGAUAGAGUGGAUGGGCUAUCGAUGUACAGAUACCCUUCCGACCUCAUUAGGGCUCCUCCACAUACUCGUAUUUAAGACUUAUGUUGAUGGAUUUCCUGCAUUGUCAUCAAAAGAAAGAAAAGCUACUCUACGUGAGUUUUAUGCUGUUAUAUAUCCGUCCCUGAGACAACUGAAAGGCGAGUUUAUUGAACUAGACAAUGGUAAUAAGCCGAGAGGCAGAAAAGGAAGUGAUGGUACAUUGACAGUACAAGAGGCAGAAUCUGUCAGAGAUGAGGAAUGUGGAAUAUGCUUCGAAAGCUUUACCAAGAUGGUGCUUCCCAAUUGUGGGCAUUCCUUGUGCAUCAGCUGCUUCCAUGACUGGAACCCGAGGUCCAAGUCCUGCCCGUUCUGCAGAGCCAGCCUGAGAAGCGUGAGCUGUGAGGAUUUAUGGGUUCUGAUCGGUCACAAAGAUGUGCUCGACACGAGCAGUCUGGCGAGAGAGAGCCUUAGUCGUUUCCACCUCUACAUGGACAGUCUUCCUCCUGCUGUUCCUGACAUGCAACCCUUUCUUCUAGACUACAUGCUCUGAAGCUUCUGAGAGGCCAAGUAUGGAUCUGAUGAAACCUCUCCUCCGUGUUUAUAUACGUGUGUGUAUAUAUACACACACACUAUGUUAUAUAUUUCCCUGUAGAGAUGACGGUAUACAAUGUACAGUGGCAAAUAUGUAAAUGUUAGGAUUGAACGACAUGACCGUCCUCCGUCCAAGCUUUUUUUGUGACUGGAGAGUUCUGAAACUGAACGCCAGAAGACUUAGAAGAAGAUGGAAAACAUAUACUCAAGUAAGCUGUAUUUGCGUAUAGUGUUACAAUCUUACAAGGGCUGUA